AUGCGGUGGUUGUCGUCAGGUUGGCAGCGGCUAGUCCAUAGCGCAUUCUCGAGGAGGUUCGGAAGUGUUUCGGGUAAAACCGGUAAAGUUGCCGCUUCUCGCUUGCCGGUGCUGGCUGCAACCGUAACCACGCUGAGCCUGUCCUACUACUGGGUGCAGCGGGAACGUCUCGUGAGUCGUCAGUGGUUCCUUACAAACCUCGUUGAUGUUCCAAGUGCAAAAAUUGGGUACCCCGUGCGAGCUAGUUGGAGUGAGGGUCCCGACACAAACGCAGCCGCAGUGCACUCUUGGCGUCUGCUCGAAGAAAAACUGCGACGUGAGGAGCAGCGACUUCAUGGACCUUCUCCAACGUUUCAGAUAUACACUGCUGCUGAUGGUAAGAGGAGCGUCACGUUCACAUUGCGCCUUGACGACCCGAAACCGCAACAACCGCAUGUUCGCCGUGCUGCUCCCGGUGAUGACUUGCUUGCGGCGUUUGCUACCGUGCUAGAAGCUCUACAGGAACUCCAAAAGUCAACGACAGACAAACAGCCAGGUAAGGAUGAGACACCUGCCUAUGCGGUCUCUGUGAGUGCUCAGAGCUCUGCAACGUCGACGACCGUAACCGCACGAUGUCCAGAGGGUCAGAUGCUGCAUGUCUUUCUGCCGCACGUGGGCAGCUUUGCCGCAGAGCUUUGCUACUCGAAACCAGCGGAUCAGGGCGCACUCAGUGAUCAGGAGAUUACCGCACUGGUCGAGGCGUAUCGCAUCGUCGCACGAGGACUCAGCAGUGCUGGACUCGAGUUCGCUACCGGUAAUGGAGACAGGGCAUCAUCGGCAGCCUCUGGAGGCGCGCCUCCAUCAAAACGACCCUGGAGACGCUCACGGGAUGACGUUAGUGUGCGGAUUGUACAGGAAAAAUUGGAAGCGAUGGGCGUGGAUGUUUACUUACCGAGCGCAUUCCGGCCCAGAGAAGGUGCCGAUGAGGAGCCGCCCGCCGCAAUCGACUGGACGACACUUGCCGGCUACGAUGACAUCAAACAGCACAUCGAGGCAUCGCUGGUGCUCCCGCUGCGACACCACGAGGUCUAUGACGCAGUCGCCAAGGGUACGCGGCGGAUAUUCAGCCCGAAUCGGCCUCGUGCAGUGCUUUUUGCUGGGCCUCCGGGCUGUGGGAAGACCUCCACAGCGCGAAUCAUUGCGGAGCAAGCAGGAGUCCCUUUUAUCCAUGUGACCCUCGAAGCCGUUGUAUCGCGCUAUUACGGUGCCUCGGAGAAGCAGCUUUCAAGCAUUUUCGACCUGGCCCUCGAGCUCGGUGGUGGCGCCAUCCUUUUCAUAGACGAAGUCGACGCUCUGGGUACUUCUCGAGAUCGCAGCGACAUGCACGAAGCGACGCGUCGAACGCUGUCCGUCCUCUUGCGACGACUAGACGGUCUGCAUCAAGAUACUGGGAAGCGUUUGCGCAUGCGCAGUUCUUUGUAUGAUGAGCAGCCGUUCGGUCCGCCGACGUCGUUGGCUCCACCGCCACUGGGCUCAACCGAGUACGCAGCCACAGAUGCUGACGGCUGGUUUGUCGUUGUCGCAGCCACAAAUCGUAUGCAGGAUCUUGACCCUGCGCUCUUGAGCCGAUUCGAUGUGGUGCUGGAGUUCCCUCUUCCUGACUUUGAGACCCGCCUGUCCAUCUAUGAAAUGUACGCCAAGCAGCUGAAACCUGAUGAUGUUCGAAAAUUAGCGGCCGCCACGGAGGGCUUUUCGCCGCGCGCGAUCCACGACAGUUGUUUGGCUGCAGAGCGCCUUUGGGCAGCGGGGAUUAUUCGCGGCGAACAUGCUCGCAACAGCCUUCCCGACGUUAACGCGUACCUGGCAGCACUAGAACUCCGCAGCGAGCGUUCGUAUCCAGGAGCGAGCUCUGGUCGCGCACCUCGCCCAGGACUCUGUGAUGGUCCAAGUUCUGAUGCGGCACAGUACAUUCAUAUGCCGAACUGUCGGUACACUCCACAGGCAGUGGAUCAGGUCUGA